AUGCCAGACUAUUUAUCUCGAUCUCCCGUGGAUGAUCCUACAGAAGAUCUAGAUGAUUAUGUACAACGAAUAUCACGCGAAACACAAACGGAUAAUAAUAAUCAAGUACCAGUAACAAAACAAUCAAUUAUUGCAGCAGUUACCACUCGAUUACAAGGAAAACAAGGAAAAAGAGAUAAUGAUGAUCAGGCGGAUGCCGGCACGUCGGACAACCCUGUUAUGUGUCCAAACAAAGAGGCUGUUCAAUCAAAGGACAAACCUCGUACGGAUGCGAAUACACAGGUUUUACAUGAACUUGAUCAUUACCGUAUUAUUCCUUUUACGCAUGAUGAUAUUAGGCAACAACAACUGUCUGAUCCGACUUUACAACAAAUCCUGAAUAAUUUGGAAAAGGAAAAACAUAAGAAUUACAUCAUGCGAAGACAACAAUUAAAAUUGGUACCAGUCGUUCCCAAAGGUAAAAUACGAAAAAGUAUCAUGCAAAUAUAUCACGAUACCCCAGCAAAUGAUUCACAUUUCGGUCGCGAUCGUACGUUGAAAACAAUAGGGGAACGGUAUUAUUGGCCCACAAUGAAUAAGGAUAUCAGAAAUUACGUACGAUCAUGCUUAAAAUGCCGCCAAAAUAAUCACAACAGGAGAAAGCCGGAUGGUCAUUUAAAACCAAUUUCACCACCAGAAGGAGUAUUUGAAUUAUUAAGUAUGGAUUUUCAUGGGCCCAUUACUCCGCUAUCGAAAAAUCAAAACAAAUAUAUCAUUACUAUCACCGAUAAUCUGUCUAAGUUCGUUAUUGGGAAAGCUGUACGUGAUUGCACUGCUCCAACAGCAGCAAAAUUUCUUCGUGAUGAAGUAAUAUUAAAAUAUGGUACGCCAAAAGCCAUUUUAUCUGAUAAUGGAAGUCAUUUUACUGCAUCCAUGAUGAAUGAAUUAUUCACACAGUUCGGUAUUAUUCAUCUGUAUUCCACGCCUUAUCAUCCACAGACAAAUGCAUGCAUUGAACGUUUCAAUGCAAAAUCGCCUCAUUAUCAAGAUCCGGAUCAUCUUGGCAAAUUGAACACUUAUAUACCCGGCAUUGUGGAAGAAGCAAAAAAGAAUAUUGUCAAACAACAACAAAAUUCUGAAAAUCGGUACAAUCAGAAUCGUUCAAAUCCGCAAUAUAAAAUCGGCGACUUAGUCCUUAUUAAAACAACACAUGUCCGACACAAGUUUGAUAUACGCAACGAAGGUCCGUUUAGAAUCACACAAAAAACCUACGUCGUACAACAUGUCAAACGAUUGGACAUGAAACGACAAGUCACAACGGAUGUUAUUAUACCACUAUCUGAGCGCCCGAAAUUUGAUCUUAAAGACUAA